CCCCCGGGGCUUACUGCUACAUGGGGCGCACGGUGUCGCUCGGAAAAUGGUCUGCUGUCGGUCUCUAGGCGCCCCGCUGAACCUGCCGGGAUUGGAGUUGUCGGUGCGAGUCUGCGUCUCUUCCCCAGCUCGCCCGUGCGGUCUGGGCCAGUGAGAUAUGGGUCUCUCCGUGGCGGCGCAGGCACCGCUCUCGGAGCCCAAGCGGCCGCGCCAGUGGAGCGGGACGGCGGGAGGCUGGCUCCGGAUCACCCUGGUGUCUUUCCUCGCCACUUUACCUGUGGAGCAGCUGCGCGCCUUCCCGUCCUCCCUCAGCGACUGCCAGACGCCAACCGGCUGGAACUGCUCCGGUUCUGAUGACCGGGACACAGACCUGUUCUUGUGCGACACCAACACAUGCAAGUUCGAUGGGGAAUGUCUAAGAAUUGGGAACAUGGUGACAUGCAUUUGCGACUUCAAGUGCAACAAUGAUUAUGCCCCAGUGUGCGGCUCCAACAAUCAGAACUACCCGAACGAGUGUUUCCUGCGCAGGGAUGCCUGCAAGCAGCAGUCUGAAGUACUCAUCAUGUCAGAGGGUGCCUGUCCUGCUGAUGCCGGCUCAGGAUCAGGAGAUGACGGAGAAGAUGGCUCAGCUGAAACGGCGCAGAAGGAAACGUCCACCUGCGAUAUUUGCCAGUUUGGAGCUGAAUGCGAUGUGGACGCAGAGGAUGUUUGGUGUGUUUGCAACAUCGACUGCUCUCACAUCAGCUUCAACCCGGUGUGUGCCUCAGACGGACGUUCCUACGACAACCCCUGCCAGGUGAAGGAGGCGUCCUGUCAGAAGCAGGAGCGCAUCGAGGUCAAGUACCUGCGCCACUGCCAAGGCGACAUCAAAGGCGGAGACGGACACUUCGCGAGGACCGACAUCACAGCGGUGGAGAAAGAGGAUCCAAGGAACGAGCUAGCCAUCGGCCUGUACAUCCCCUGUCCGGAUCACUUCAAGAAUUACUGCGUGCACGGCGAGUGUCAGUUCCCCAGAGUUGCGGCUCAGCCCUCCUGCAGCUGUCACUCGGGUUUCCGGGGCCCCCUGUGUGACAUCAAAGAGUACAACGUGCUUUACGUGGUGCCAGGCUCGGGCAAACUGCACUACGUCCUCAUCGCCUCCAUCAUCGGAGCACUGCAGGUGGUGAUCAUCUGCGUGGUGGUGCUCUGCAUUACCAGGAAGUGCCCGCGGACCAACAGGAUCAACCGGCAGAAGCAGAACAAUGUCCACUUCAGUACGGAGAACACCAUGCGCGCCUCCACCCGACUCAUCUGAGCCCCCCCACACACCGGACAGAGCCCCCCCCCCCCUCCGCUUUACGGAGAGCGCUGUGGCGUUAGAUGUUCCCCCCUUCUCCUUGUAGGAUCUGCUUCCCCGUCACCCCCCCCCCCCCCUCCCCUCUCCUCCCAAUGUGAACUCUAAGGAAGCCCGGGGAGGACGGUGGUGCUGUAGAGACAGUGAUGAGACUCCACCUCCCCCCCCCACACACACACACAUACACACAACACACAGACACUUGCAGAUGUGUCUUCCUGCACCUUCCGCCCAGGGUUUCUCAACAGACUGAACCAUGAGGUGUCAUGGGGGGGGGGGGGGGCGGCAUCGAGGAAUGUGAGUGUGUGUGAAUGUGUAUUAGACAUGUGAGCUUUGGUAGAGGCGGGUUAGCCGAUGUCUGUCGUUUCUAGAUGAGGGGGGGGGGAAGCAGAG